CCUCCCAGCUCCGCCGCGAGGAGCCCUUGGGACCCUCCUCUGUUGCAGCUGCAACGGCAGCCGCGGCCGGGCGCGCUCCCCGCUCAGUGACCGGCCCUUGUCUCGCCUCCCGCCGCCGCCCCGCCGCAGCCGCGCUCCCCCGGGGCACCAUGUCGGGGGGCACCACCGGCAGCGGCCCCCCGAGCCCCCGCUUCCUGGUGCCGCCGCCGCCGCCGCCCAAGAACGGCUCCAGCUCGGACAGCUCCGUCGGAGACAGGCUGGGAGCCGCCGAGCACGGAGCCUCCGGCGCCGGUGGAGCGGGCGGCGGGCCGGGGAGCGGAGGCCGCAGCGAGGAGUACCGGCGCCGCCGCCACACCAUGGACAAGGACAGCCGAGGGGCGGCAGCCACCGAGCACCGCUUCUUCCGCCGGAGCGUGAUCUGCGACUCCAACGCCACGGCCUUGGAGCUGCCCAGCUUGCAGCCCGCAGCGCCCUCGGCCCCUGUCUCGGGAGGCAGCGCGGCUCCCUCGGUGUUCCCUCCCGAGGGGACCGGCCGGGCCCCGUACGCCCCUGCGGCCGCCACCGAGGCCGACUCGCGGCCGCCGCCUCCCGCCCCGCUCCCGUUGGAAGGACCGGCUGCCGAGGAGCCCCCGGCCGCCAAGGAUGCCGCCCCGCUGCUGCCCAAGGAGGAGGAGGAGGGGGAUGAGGCAGCUGCGCUACCCCCUACCAGCGCCGCCGGCAGCCUGUCAGCUGCCAGCCGGGAAUUUGAGGAGCGGAGGACGCAGCAGGAAGACAUCGAAGAGCUUGAGACCAAGGCGGUGGGCAUCUCCCCGGAUGGCCGCUUCCUGAAGUUUGACAUCGAGAUUGGAAGAGGCUCUUUCAAAACUGUCUAUAAAGGACUGGAUACUGAAACCACUGUGGAAGUUGCCUGGUGCGAGCUACAGGAUCGGAAGCUGUCCAAGUCAGAGCGACAAAGAUUUAAAGAGGAAGCUGGGAUGCUGAAAGGGCUUCAGCAUCCCAAUAUUGUCAGGUUCUAUGAUUCCUGGGAGUCUACAGUCAAAGGAAAAAAGUGUAUUGUUCUUGUGACAGAACUCAUGACGUCUGGAACAUUAAAAACGUAUUUGAAAAGAUUUAAAGUGAUGAAAAUUAAAGUACUACGAAGCUGGUGCCGUCAGAUACUGAAAGGCUUACAAUUUCUACACACACGCACUCCUCCCAUCAUUCAUAGAGACUUAAAAUGUGACAACAUCUUCAUUACUGGCCCCACUGGAUCAGUCAAGAUUGGAGACCUUGGUCUGGCAACCCUGAAACGAGCUUCUUUUGCCAAAAGUGUGAUAGGUACCCCAGAGUUCAUGGCCCCCGAGAUGUAUGAGGAGAAAUAUGAUGAGUCCGUUGAUGUAUAUGCUUUUGGGAUGUGUAUGCUAGAGAUGGCCACGUCUGAGUAUCCUUAUUCCGAGUGCCAAAAUGCCGCGCAGAUCUACCGCCGAGUGACCAGCGGUGUCAAGCCAGCCAGCUUUGAUAAAGUAGCAAUCCCUGAGGUGAAGGAGAUCAUUGAGGGAUGCAUUCGGCAAAACAAAGGCGAAAGAUAUGCUAUUAAGGACCUUUUAAAUCAUGCUUUCUUCCAAGAAGAGACUGGAGUACGGGUAGAACUUGCAGAGGAAGAUGAUGGAGAAAAAAUUGCCAUUAAACUCUGGCUGCGAAUUGAAGACAUCAAAAAACUCAAGGGCAAAUACAAAGAUAACGAGGCAAUAGAGUUUUCAUUUGAUUUGGAAAGAGAUGUCCCAGAGGAUGUAGCACAGGAAAUGGUGGAGUCUGGCUAUGUCUGUGAAGGGGAUCACAAGACAAUGGCGAAGGCAAUCAAGGACAGGGUAUCUUUGAUUAAGCGCAAGCGAGAGCAGCGCCAGUCGGUGCAAGAAGAACAGGAGAACAUACUUCAGGAAGAAGGUAGUCAGAAGCAGCAGCUGGAGCAACAGCAGCCAUCAAGUGCUUCCCAUGCAGGGUCAAAGCAUCCCCAGUCUGUCACUGGUACCACUCCUGUCCCCACUGCUUCAGCAUCGGUUUCUACACAAGUGGAGCCUGAAGAGCCGGAAGCUGACCAGCACCAACAGCUGCAGUUCCAGCAACCCAGUAUAUCUGUUCUUUCUGAUGGAACAGUUGACAGUGGCCAGGGGUCAUCUGUGUACACUGAAUCUGUGAGCAGUCAGCAGACUGUGUCCUAUGGUUCCCAGCAUGAGCAGUCGGUCUCGAGCACCGGAGUCCAGGGAUACCCAGCCUCAGUUGGCCAAGUGCAGUCCCAGCAGCACGGAGGAUUUCAGCCACCUGCAGCGACACAGGUGCAAGGCCAGCCAGCCUCAAGCAAUGCAUCAGUGCCAUCCCAGCCUACUCAACACACUCAGAGUGCACAGCAGCCAGCCUCUUCCCAACAGCCUGGACAAUACCAGCUGCAGCAGCCCUCAGUUUCUGCCAGCCCCACUCCUGCACAAACCGUCUCUCAAACUCAGACUUCACAGAUCAUGCCAAUGCCUCAGGCAGCAGCUGGGUCACAGCUUCCUGUUUCCCAACCAGUGUCGAUCAUCCAAGGCGAGCCUCAAUUACCUGUUGCAGCAUCUUCUCUCCCUCAGCCUUCAGUUGCCCCAUCAGUCCCCAUUGGCUCUCAUUUUCUGCCCGUGGGACAGGCCUUGCCAGCUUCCGUGGUUCCCCAGUUCCCCGUGUCUCAGUUGCCUGUAGCAGCUCCUCACGUGACAGUGGCUCAGCCAGCUUUCCAGUCGCUGCCCAUUUCCAUGGCAGCUGGCAUCAGUCAGCCGCUGCUCCCGCUGGCCACGUCCGCAGCCGCUGUUCCUGUGGGAGCGAGCGCUGUCCCUAGCCAGCUGCCCAGCCUGAUGCAGCCUGUGGCUCAGCUGCCCAGCCAGGUUCUCCUGCAGCCGCCUGGCCAGGCCGUGGGAUUGCCAGUCAGCAUUGGACAAGCUGCUGAAGCUUCACUUCCUGCUGCAGAUGCUCUUUACCAGGGCUUCCCAUCUCGGCCGACACCGCAGUACGCGGGGGACUCGACCGCCGCGCCGUCCUCGGCUGCGGCCGCCACCAGCCUUCCUGCUGCUGUGCUGUCCCCUCCCCUGCCCACAGAGGCCAUGGCCCAGCCAGGCUACCUCGCUCCUGUUGGGCAGCCCUAUGGGGAGCAGAACGUUCUAGUUUCCAUGGGCAGCCUGGGAGGGCAGGUCCAGGUGCCCCAGCCUCCCGGGAGUCUGCCCCAACAGGCCUCAUCUGCCUCCUCCCAGCAGGCAGUGGUGGAGCAGAAUGUCAUGCCAAUGUGGGGACCUUGUUGCCACUGGUUGUUCUGUUGGGAAGGUACUCAGGGAGUCUCACAGACUGCUUCUUCAGAGACUCUGCCAGCGACACAGCCUGCUCAGUCCACCCCUUUGGCUUCUUCCAUGGAUAGUGCACAUUCUGAUGUUGCUUCAGGACUGAGUGAUGGCAACGAGAAUGUGCCAGCCUCUAGUGGAAGGCACGAAGGGAGGACCACGAAACGUCACAUGCGGAGGUCUGUCCGCAGUCGCUCUCGCCAUGAGAAGACUUCUAGGCCGAAACUGAGAAUUCUAAAUGUUUCAAACAAAGGUGAUCGGGUAGUGGAAUGCCAGCUAGAGACACACAAUCGGAAAAUGGUUACUUUCAAAUUUGAUUUGGAUGGUGAUAACCCUGAGGAAAUAGCUACAAUUAUGGUGCAGAAUGAGUUUAUUUUAGCAACAGAGCGAGACUCAUUUGUAGAACAGGUACGAGAGAUUAUUGAGAAAGCAGAUGAAAUGCUCAGUGAGGACGCAAGCGUGGAGCCAGAGGGGGAUCAGGCCUUGGAGAGCAUGCGCACAAAAGAUGACGGCUUCUUCCCGGGGUCACAGAAAUUAGAGUUCAAACAGCCAGAUCCUACAUCUUCCAUGCCACAAAGAAUAGGGGUUCCCUCUAGCUCCUUUACCCAGGUUGUUCAUUCUGCGGGAAGACGCUUCAUUGUCAGCCCCGUCCCCGAGAGCCGGUUGAAAGAACAGGGCUUUUUCACAUCUGCUGUUGUUGGAGGAAGCGAAACUUCAGAUAUGGUUGCAGCAUCUCCUGUACAUGGUCCUGGAAUGAAUCUCUCCCACUCAGCAUCAUCACUGAGCUUGCAGCAAGCUUUCUCUGAGAUGGGGCACGCUCAGAUGACAGAAGGACCUAGCACAGCUCCUCCAGUGUUCAAUCAAACAAUCCCACCGUUUCCACCUGCACUUUCUACCAUGGCGGGCAGCGCUGCAACUCCUGCAUCCGUGGCUACUUCUUCAGUAUCCGUUUCCUCCAGCACUGGUGUUUCUCUGCCAGGACCUGUUACUUUGCCUUCAGAAAAUGCAGCUGUUGGAGCUGCACCAAGCACAAGCGUGCCAAGCUCUAUUUCUCCACCUCCAGCCUCACAGUCCGCACAGCAAUCGACUGGCGUCGCUUCCAGCGUCAGCGCCUCUGCUUCUUUCUCCUUAUCUGCCACGUCCCAGCCUGCCCAAGCGGUGGCUGCAGACAUUGUCCCCAGCAUCAGCACACCAUCAUCCUCAGCACUGCCACCUUCCCAGCUUCCUGGUGCCACUGCCCUCGGUGCUGCCGCACCGGCUGUGACGUCUCAGUCCGCCCCUCAGAUUGUGAGCAGUAUGGCAGCACCACAGGCGUCUGUUGCCCUGUCUCUGGCUCAGAACGUGGCUUUGCAGCUUCCCCAGCUCAGCAGCAGCGGCUCUGUGUCCAGUCUGGCAGAAACAACAGUCGUAAGCGCCCCGCAGUCGCUACCUGAGACCGGGCACUCUCUGGAUAAAUCUCAUCCCUGCAAUGCAGCUGGCUUAUCUCUGCCAAUCUCGGCACCUUUAUCAUCCUCCGUAGCAUCAAGCAUAUGUGGGUCAGUCUCUCAGCCGCUGAUCCAUCCCUUGCUUGUUCCAUCAGGAAUUACAUCAACACCUGUCCUACCCCAGAUUUCAGGUGCAACACCCAUGUUGCCCCAGGUUCCCUUGCCUGGUGUCUUGCCACAACCAGUCACUAACUUGCCUGCAGUGCAGCAGACUUUGAUCCACAGCCAGCCUCAACCAGCUCCAUUGCCCAACCAGCCUCACGUUCACUGUCUGGAGGCUGAUGCUGAUGCUCAGUCUAAAGCCCCUGGUAUUGAUGAUAUCAAGACCCUGGAAGAAAAGCUGCGCUCUCUGUUCAGCGAGCACGGGAACGUGGGCACGGUGCACCCGUCGGUGUCCCUGGAGACCUCGCUGCUGAUGGAGACCACUGUUGUUCCUGGCAUCCCAACCACUGCAGUUGCACCAAGCAAACCCCUGACAUCCAUUAGCACUUGUAUACCUCCGAGCAGUUUGCCUCUUGGACCAACUGGCUUGCCAGUGCUGACUCCAGUUGCCACUCCUGGGCAGGUGAUCACCCCUGCCAGCUACAUCUCGGCCUCGAGCAGCAUCGCCACGGCCGCGGUGAAAGCGGGGACCUCUCCUUCCAAGGCCCCUCUCAGCAGGGUACCGGUGCUCCCAAUAGGUUCUGACCUUCCGGCUGGCACUCCAUCCAGUGAGCAGCUGCCACCCUUUCCAGGACCUUCACUAACUCAGUCCCAACAGCCACUGGAAGAUCUGGAUGCUCAGCUGAGAAGAACCCUUAGCCCAGAGACCGUCCCAGUGACAUCUGCUCCUGCCUGUUCUGUGCCCUCAGUAGCAUCAACAACAGUUACUGGGCCGGUGUCCGCAGCGACGCAGUGUCUGAAGGAUGCAGGUGAUGGGGAGAGCAGUGCUGUGGCUGCUGCAGCAGGAGGCAGCGUGCUGAAGAUGGGCCGCUUUCAGGUAUCUGUGGCAGUGGAUGAUGUGCUAAAAGAGGGUGACAAGCCUGAUGCUAAGCCAGUGCAAUUUGAAACCACCUCCAGUGAUUCUUCAAGCCUGUCUGGCAGCAGCCCGGAGAGCACGCUGGUGAAGCAGGCGGAGAGCCGGAAGAGCGGGGCUGUGGCUGCCAGCUCCCUGCCCGUGGUGGAUGCCAUGGUGGCUGCCAGCUCCCUGCCCGUGGUGGAUGCCAUGGUGGCUGCCAGCUCCCUGGAUGUGGUGGAUGGUGUUCCCGAGGCUGCUCCCGGGCUGCCGCUGCCGGGAGACGCCGCUCCGGCCACGCAGGUCGGGCGCUUCCAGGUGACCACGACGGCGGAUCAGGUGGGACGCUUCUCCGUGUCCAAGGCUCGGGAUGAGGUCAGCUGUGCCCAGAAAGAGCCAAUGACUCUUCCUCUCUCUGUGGGCUUGGAACAAGUUGCUUCUUCGGCUGCAGCUCCGAAGAAAGAGUUGGAGUCGAGGCGGUCCCCACACAUGAAUGGUCCGUCCUCUGAUCCGGAGGCCGCCUUUCUGAGCGGGAUGGCGAAGGAUUUGGAUGAUGGCUCAGGGAGCCCGGACUCUGUCCAGCACCUGGGAUCGAAGAUCAGCCUCCCCGUUCAGAGCCUUAGCAAUUCCUUCAACUCUUCCUACAUGAGCAGCGACAAUGAGUCGGAUAUUGAAGAUGAAGACUUGAAGUUGGAGCUGCGCCGGUUACGGGAGAAGCACCUUAAAGAGAUCCAGGAGCUGCAGAGCCGCCAGAAGCAGGAGAUUGAGUCCCUCUACGUGAAGCUGGGAAAGGCCCCACCUGCAGUCAUUAUUCCCCCAGCUGCGCCCCUGUCAGGGAGAAGGAGACGACCCACGAAAGGAAAAGGCAGCAAAUCCAGUCGGAGCAGCUCCCAGGGACAUAAAAGCCCUCAGCUAUCAGGCAACCUGUCAGCUCAAAGUGCACCAUCAGUCCUGCCCCCUCAGCAGACCCUUCAUCCUCCUGGCAGUGUGCCAGAGACAGGGCAGAACCAUUUGUUACAGCCCCUCAAACCUUCACCUUCCAGUGAAAAUCUCUACUCUGCCUUCACCAGUGACGGUGCCCUCUCGGUACCGAGCCUCUCGGCGCCGGGCCAAGGCUGUGCGAAGUUUAACUGUGCAUCUGAGAGAGUGACCUUCAAGCCUGGUGGCAGGAGGACCCGAUUUCUGAGUACGCCCUGCUUGGCUCUUUGGAAGAUGGUGAAAAAAGUCUGUCCUUGCAACCAGCUCUGUAGGACCAGCAGCACCAACACCGUGGGGGCUGCAGUGAACAGCCAGGCCCCCCAGCCCCAGCCCCCGGCCAUGGCCUCGAGCCGCAAGGGCACCUUCACGGAUGACCUGCACAAGCUGGUGGAUAACUGGGCCCGGGACGCCAUGAACCUCUCUGGCAAGAAAGUUGGCAAAGGGCACAGCAGCUACGAGGGCCCUGGAAUGGCAAGAAAAUUCUCAGCACCAGGUCAGCUCUGUAUCUCUAUGACAUCUUCCCUGGGUGCUACGCCCAUCCCUGCAGCAUCAGCUACCUCUUUAGGUCCCUUCAGCAAGGCCAUGUGUCCCCCGCAGCAGUACGGUUACCCAGCAGCGUCCUUCCCCCCGCCCUGGAGCGGCGCGGGGGGCUCGGCGCAGCCGCAGCUCGGCCAGUUCCAGCCCGUGGCUGCCGCCUCUUUGCAGAGCUUCAACAUCAGCAAUUUGCAAAAGUCCGUCAGCAACCCUCCAGGCUCCAACCUGCGGACCACUUAGCCGGGCCCGGAGCCCCUGCUGGCUGCGCCUGGGGACAGGACGUGGGGAGGGAGAUGGGGCCCUGUAUCACACCAGUGCUGCAAUGAACUGCUGGCUUGCCAGACUGGGAAUGAAUUUCUCUUUUCCAACCAUUGCUGUCGACUCUCUGUAGCGGGAGUUUCCCCACACGCUGGGAAGGGGGAGGAGGGUGAUGAGCAUCCUUGUGAUGGGACGGUGCUUUUCACCGGGGGCUGCUCUCGUGUGGGGAGAGGCCGUGGGCUCGGUUCAUACGGUCUUGCUGUAAAAUGUUUCUGGUUGGAGGCUGAACCCACACGAGUGUGGAGGCAGAGCUGAACCCUAGCAUGAGGCUUUGGCAGGCUUCUCGCCUCUUGCAGAGGAACCAAGAUCAGGAGAAAGCUGUCCAAAUCCCCCUCCUCUCCCUCUCCCCAGUCAAUCGUAUCUGGCUCUGAAACAUGAUGGGGCACACGAAUGGACUUGCGGUGCAGCCCGUGCUUGAUAGGUCAUUACUGCUUUAAGUAAGAUAUUAACAGCUUUGACUGCAGCAUUAGAGCAUUGUUAAAUUGUUAAAAAAAAAUUUUAAAAGUUCCCUGCGGACAUGUACUUACCAUCAGUUUUGAUGUGGAAACACUGUGAUAUAUAAAUGUUGUUGGACAACAGUAGUUUAAAAAUGAGUGGAAUAUAGAGGGUUAAAAAAGUUAAAAAGAAAAAAUGGGAAAAAAAGCUAGCUAUAUCCUUAUACUUAUUGGAGACACUUUAACUUUUUCCUUUGUAUUUUCAUUGUAUUAGAUAAAUAAAUGUGAAUGUAAAAUUGUAUAAAUUAA